CAACUCUGUCACAAGCAUAUCUGUUUUCUUAUUCCUCUAUUUAUAACAAAAAAAAUAUCAAAUGCGAUAAUAUGUAAGUAAUUAUCGUAUCAAGAAAGUGUUAUCGCACCACGUUGUAAACACGUGCGCAUGAAAGUUCUCGAAAAUAACGAUUGUACUGUAUAUCUUUUUUUUAAUGUUAAAAGUAACAUAUUGCAUCUCUUGUAAGUUCACAAGCAGCUCGGUCAAAUCCGCAAGUAUAUCGUCCGCAUAUUUCGGAGAUAGAUAUAAAAUGUCUGGAUUAACAGAAGUUGAGAGCAGUAAAGUUUUCGGAGGAUGGCAGAAGGUGUAUACACACAACAGUACAGAAUUGGGAUGCCAGAUGAGAUUUGCUGUCUAUAUACCACCGCAGGCUGAGAAGGAGCUGGUACCAGUUAUCUACUGGUUGUCCGGUCUCACUUGUACCGAAGCUAAUUUCAGUCAAAAGGCUGGAGCACAGAAACACGCUGCAGAUCAUGGCGUGUUCCUCGUCAUACCCGACACCAGUCCAAGAGGAUUGAAUAUUCCUGGCGAGGAUGACAGCUAUGACUUUGGGACUGGCGCGGGAUUCUAUGUGGACGCGACAUGCGAACCAUGGAAAAAGAACUAUAGGAUGUACAGCUAUAUCACCAAAGAAUUGUCAACUUUGAUCAACAAGGAAUUUCCAAUUUUGCCAUCUAGACAGUCCAUAAUGGGCCAUAGUAUGGGAGGACACGGCGCUCUAAUUUGCACCCUCAAAAACCCUGGACAGUUCAAGACAGUCUCAGCUUUUGCACCCAUAUGUAAUCCAAUCUUGUGUCCAUGGGGAAAGAAAGCCUUCUCAGGAUACCUGGGUGGCUCAGAGGAUAAUGCAGUAUGGAAGGAAUGGGAUGCCACGGAACUCGCAAAAAAAUAUAAUGGUCCACCUUUGGACAUUUUAAUUGAUCAGGGCAAGGAAGACAAAUUCUUAAAAGAUCAAUUAUUACCAGAGAAUCUACUAAAUGCUGCGAAGGAUAACGGCAUCGCGCUUACUCUCAGAUUUCAAGAUGGUUAUGAUCACAGCUACUAUUUUAUAACCACAUUUAUUGAAGAUCACUUCAAGCAUCAUAUGAAAUAUCUUAAAAGUUAGAGGUCUGUAUCCACACACACACACACACACACACACACAUACACACACGAUUGUUUUUAUUGUUAAAAACAUUAGGACUUUGAUAUAAUCAUAAUUUACAUUUUUACAAGAUUUAUUCUUUUACGCCUAUAUAUGUAUAAUGGAGAUUAUAUAUUGAAAUAAAUUUAAGAUACUUAAAAAGAUUACUUGUUUUCAAAUGAGUCAAUAAAACUUUGCAUAGUGUUAAUAUAAAUUCUAUAUUUCUCGUAUUGUUUUUUUUAAGGGGCGAUAAAUUUAUAUUUUUUUCAUCACAUGUAAAAAGAGUAUAAAUAACACAAUCUAUAGUCUGUAUCUUAAAUUUUUUUAGCAAA